GUCAACCAGCAGAGCUUCCAGGACAUCAAGCCCAUGCGGGACCAGAUCAUCCGCGUGAAGCGGUACGAGCGCGUGCCCAUGAUCCUGGUGGGCAACAAGGUGGACCUGGAGGGCGAGCGCGAGGUUUCCUAUGGCGAGGGCAAGGCCCUUGCCGAGGAGUGGAGCUGCCCCUUCAUGGAGACGUCGGCCAAAAACAAAGCCUCGGUGGACGAGCUGUUCGCCGAGAUCGUGCGACAGAUGAACUACGCGGCUCAGCCCAACGGCGACGAGGGCUGCUGCUCGGCCUGUGUGAUCCUCUGAGGCGCCCGCUGUGGUUGCGCGCCGGCCGCGCUCUGCGCACAAAAGCCAAACGCACCCAACUCUAAAUGUGAUUUCUCUUUUUGCUUUGAGAUUGGAGACGACUUUGCAUUGGCCGGGAUGUCCAGGGAGCCUGGCAGAUCUCCCAGGCGGACGGCAUCCCCUGCCUCCCCUCCAUGUCCGAGGAGGUGUCCGGUCCUGACCAUCAGAGACCUGGUGGGAAUGUGGUUGGCUCUUUGCAGCAUGUACGUUUCCCGUUGAUUUUGGUUAACGCAUAUUUCCCCGUUUAAAUAGCCACUAGGACGCUGUACUGGCAGCUUGACACCCGGCAAGCAAAAGUUUCAGCCUGGAAAAAAAAUGGGGCUGGCGUGGGGUGGGGUGGAGGAAGUGGAGAGGAAGAAGAUGGAAGGGGGUUUCUUUCUCUCUCUUUCUCUCUGUCAACAACUGUUUUCUAGUUCCAAGUUUUAAAAACGUGGAAGGAAGUCGAAGAGAACCAUAUGAAGGAGCAGGAGAAGAGGAAGAAACUUCUGUUUUUUCCUUGUUUUCCAGGAGUUGCUGGAAAUUAAGAUCGGGUUCCUUUUCUGCCAGCUUGGAGGGGCAACCCCGUGACUGAUUGCGAUUCUGAGGAUGUCUAUGCAAAGUUGGAUUCUUGUUACAGUGUAUCCAAUCUGAAGUAUUGCACAUCUGAACUGGGACUGUUAACACUGAGGCCAACACAGUGUGGGGUGCCAGAAAGUGUCUGCUGAUAUUUGUGGAAAAAAAAAUCUAUUUUGUUUACCUACUGUAUCAAAUGGGGAGUCUGGGGGAGAGUGGUA